CUUCACCAUCGCACGCGGCCAUCGCGCCCGACGUCGUCCCCGAUGGCGGCGCACUCGCCCGCUCACCGAUCGACACAAUCGACGUCUAGCGCGCUACCACCACCGAACCCCCAGCGGCGCUUUACGUCCCCCUCCAAUACGUCCCUCGCUCUGCCCCCAUCUCAGCCCGUCCCUAGGUCCCGACCGCCGUCCCCUCUGCGCACCACCUUCUUCCCCGCCACUGAUACCGGCAUCGACCCGACCUCGGAGUCGGGCAGCGACUCGGACGACUCUGAUGAGCCUGCGCGCCCUUGGUCCCCUGUCGCGUCUGCCUCAGUCACGAACCUCGCGCAGUCCCUCGCGCAGCGCGUGGGGAACUUCAUGAGCCCCAGCCGCCCGCCGUCCACCGCCCUCCCCACCGACGCCGAGCUCGAAGCAGAGGCGCAGGCCGAGCGCGAUCGCAGCAGACGGCAGGCGGAGGCAAUCCUUCAAGCCGCAGAACGGCAGCAGGUCGAAGAGCGCGUCCUCGCGAUGAUGCAGCAGGCGCACGCGCUCCCGCCACCGCCCGCGGGGUCGAUGACCUCCCCCGGUGUGCCGAGGACGCCCCCAACGCGAUCGCAGUCCCUCCCCGUCGAGCCGGGCGGCAGUGCGCAGAAGGACUCGGGCACGCCGUCGUGGUGGGCCGCCGCGAAGAACAAGUUGACGCCGACGAAGGAGCUCACGCCGGCGCAGCGCGUGAUCGAGGAGACGCGCGCGCGGGAGAAGGAGGAGGCAAAGGCGCGCGAGCGCGAGCAGAAGGAGCGCGAGAAGGAGGAGAAGAAGGCGGCGAAGAAGGGGAAGGAUGGGGAGUGGCCCGCGAGCACGUCGAGUCGCGACAACGACCCCGCGCUGUCUGCGCUGAAGAGCGGGACGGAGGCGGCGCUCUCGCAUCUCAAGACAGGAGGCGAUACGAUCAGGGCACCUGCACCCUCUACUCCCUCCUCGCGCAAACCCGUUCCUCUCAUGGGCGGUUCUCCCGUCUCCCCAAGCCCUGCUCCCCCUCCUGCGCGUCCGAUCGCGGCAACGACUCCACCGAACCUGUCGCCAAGACGUACGAAUGGUACUCUGGGACCCGUUGCCGACACCUCCGCCUCGAACCCAUUCAACGCCCCGCCCGCGAACCCGCGCCAGGUCUCUACUGCGUCUACAACUAGCGUUACAACACACGACCUCACGCGUCAGUUCCCUUCUACCCCGAAGAUGACUGCGCAUGAGAUUCGCGCAGCUUCUCCCAUUCUUGAAGCCCGCGGUGCAUCGCCAGGUCCUUAUGCUCGCGCGAAUGGUGUCGCGUCGUAUGGCGAUUUCUCUUCGCCUGCAGACUAUACGCCGAACCGUCAUCCGGAGUCGUCGCCCAAGCCACCGCCUGAGCAGCUUGCGCAUACCGUGUUCACACCCUCGGGUGCACUUGAUGUGUCGGGGACGGUGCUCGCCGUCGCGAGGAGAUUGGAGAAGCUGGAGAAAUGGACCGUCAACCACGUCCGCGCGCUCGAGAGGCGCAUGGUCACCGUCGAGGAGUACCUUGUCGAGCAACGCUCCGCAAACCCAUCCGACGACCAUCCCUUCGUCGCUGCCAAGCGCAAUACUGUCCAUGGCGAAGAUGACACGACACUCGCCCCCACCGUCGCCUCGACGCACCCCGAUCGCGAGUUGUCCUUCAUCCGCGACGAGCUAGAGGAGCUGCAAGGUCGCGUCGGCGAGCUCGGGCGCGAGAUGGCGGAGGUCGGGAAGGAGAUGAGGAACUCCCAGCGCGCUGCCGCCAGAGGGCAAGCGCAGGCUCAGGCUCCAUCGCAGGGCGGCGAGGACGUCAGCGCCAUCCGGCGCGAGGUCGCCGAGGUCCGCGGCGAAGUCGGACAGGUCAGAGGCGAGGUCGGGCAGGUGCGCGGCAGCGUGCAGAGCGUCUCGCGCGAGGUCGACCGGCUCGGGCGGACGACGGCGGAGCUCGAGCGCGAGGUGGAGGGCGUCAAGCACGAGGUGCACGAUGUGAGCCGGGAGGUGGCGAGGUUGGCGGUGUCGCCGGUGAACUUGUCGUCGGGGCCGAGUCGGGCGCCGGCGCAGGUUGAGCGCGCGCCGCAGGUGGGGAGUCGGAUUGCGGUGAAGGAGGAGGGUGAGGACGCGGUGCUGGGGUCGUUCGAUGGGCUGCCGUCUUCGGGUGGGGACACGCCGAUUUCGGGCUUGCCGUCGUCAUCCUCUGCGGAGUCCAAGGCAUCUCCUCCGUCGACUGCGCCUAUUGACACUUCAACCUCAAGUGCUCCGGCACAGAUCGCUAGUACGGCUGCGUCGACCCUGGCCUCGCAGGAUGAGCCCACGCCUUCACCGACCGUGCCUUUCUCUCCCACUCUCGCCCUCGGUGGACCUUCACCACUGACACCCGUUCGUCGUGCACCUUCCGUUACCGCGCGGGAGUCGACGAGCCCGCCGAUGCGCUCGGUGGGCAGUGCGUGGGGAUCCGGUAGGAGACACGGAAGCGGAACACGCUUACCGUACCCGACGGGAGACUACGCGCAGGAUACGACGAGUCCGGUUGGCUCGCCGCGGGCUUCUCUGUCCACGGGAUUCUUGUCGCCUCAGGUGACAGGGAGCUUGAUGUCGCCGCCGCUCACUUCUAUGACCUCGCCGCUCGACGCGUUGGCUGCGCGCUCGCGGCCGACGUCCGUACCGGGCCUGCCGUCGUCGUCGUACGGCGUCACCACGCAUAACUCCGGCAAUGGCGCGUCGGCGGGCUUUGGCUAUUCUACCAAGAACACCUCCAGCUACUCGCUUACAACGUAUGGGUCCGCUUCCUCGCUGGGUAGCCUGGACCUGGAUGACAGCGAGACGAAGCGGGGCGAGGAGUCGAAGACCGCGCAGACCAACAAGUCAUCGACGACGGACGCCAAGCGUACGACAUCGCCGACGCCUCUCUCGCCUCCUCGUGCUCCGUUCGCGCGUCCGUCGAGCGCGAGCCCGUCACCUCCUCCGCGCAAGCGCUACACCGUCGCUCUCGGCGCUCCCAUAACGGGUCGGAAGCGCGACGACGAUGAGGAUGAGGACGAGAGAUAUGCGCCUCGCUCGCACUCUCCUGCCCCUCGUUCACAUUCCCCGCGGUCGCACUCUCCCGCUCCAGGAGCGCGCUCUCGUGUGCAGGACGAGGGCGGCAGCGACGAGGAGGAUGACGAGUACGGUGGGGAGACUAUCGGGAAGAGGCAGGGGCGGAGCGCGGCUAGUACGACGGACGACAAGGCCGCGGGCAGCAGUCGCAAUGAAGAGCUCAGCAGCAAUCAAGCGAGCUCGAGCGCCGCCAGCCCUCGCACGCGCGCGCAGUCCGUGUAUGGCGCGCAGUCGCUGUAUGGUGCACCGACGGCGCCGCUGAAGCCGAAGGCGCGGUCUCAGUCGACGGAUCGGGGUCAGCGGUUUGGUACCGCUGCGUCUGUCCCGUCCACCCCAGUCACCGACCGCUUUGGCGAUGGGUCCGGGUCGAGUCGUUUCGUCGAUCCGCUCAUAUUAAGAAGGCAAGAGCGCGAGGGCGCGGGCAAGGUUGCGAUGCCGCGGCCUAUAGGCAAGGUCCCCAUCAACCAGCUCGUCGCCUUCUUUGACGGCGAGCGUCGAUGAUGAAGGGUGUACGGAGGAUGUAAUGACCAUGCAUCUAACCAUCUUCCUGACGGCGAUAUACCUACUGGAUCUACGGAUAAUCAUACUGACAGGUCUUGCAUACUGAUACCGAUUCCCAUGCCUCAGUUUCUCCUUCCUCUUGCUUCCGACCCCCAUCUUCGCAUUGCAUAUUCAUCUAUCUUCUGGAAUACGAGCGCGUCCGUCCCAUUGUCGCCUUCCGAUCCAACCCAAGCUAAUUUAUCCCUUGUGUGUAGGAUACCAAGUUACUUCUUUGUGCAACUACUUAUGACUUUAUGAAGAUGAUGUUCUCGUUGCCUU